AUGGGGUUGUUUUCCAACAAGGUUGAUAGGAGGAUUCUCAAACCGGGAGACCACAUUUAUACCUAUAGAACGUUGCACUCUUAUUCCCACCACGGAAUAUAUGUGGAAGAGAACAGGGUGAUCCAUUUCACCAGAACAACGGAUCUCCCCGGGGAAUCAAGUAUACGCUGCAACAUCUGCGACUACCACGGGAGUACACAAAGAGGGGUGGUGAAAACAUGUAUCGAUUGCUUCCUGGGAGGCCACGAGCUCUAUCGUUUUGAGUACAACGUUUCCAAGGCCCACUUCUGUACAAAAAACUUAGGAACAUGCAGCGUGGGAUCCUCCGACGCGCCCAAUGUCGUCGUCCAACGAGCCAUUGAGAUGCUAGCGGGCAGAGGGUUCAGCGACUACGACCUCUUGAACAACAACUGCGAGUCUUUUGCUGUUUACUGCACCACAGGCAAAGCUGUGAGCAGCCAGGGUUUAGGUUUCAAACACAGGGCUGAAAUUGCCGCGAAAAUGUUUACUUCAAAGCCUUUAACCUUAGGCAACAUUGCAAGCACUUUUAACGAACUGGCGUUUGCCCAUAAGAUUGACGCGAUCGAAGCAACAAACGCUUCCUCAUCGUCGGAGAAGUAUAAAGACAACAAAUAG